UUCAGUCGCACCCUCGCCUCGCGGACGGCGCGCACUCCGUAACGUCUUCACACAUCGACACGCGCCGAAAACGAGAUUGCCGCGGGCAAAGAUACGCUCGCACCACCAACGGCAAUUAGCGAGGAGGAAGGUUCUGUAAAAGUGAUAAGGAAUACAUUUGAGAGAUACCAAAGAUGAGGCUUCUCGCGGUCGCCCUGGGUUUCCUUCUUCAGGCAUGGAUCGUGUCCUGCGGGACAAGACCCAGCUUCGUUUCCGAUCAGAUGAUCGCGACCGCAGCCAGUGUCGUGAACGCCUGCCAAACACAAACGGGAGUUGCCACAGGUAUAUUAUUCAACGAGAGAGUUCAUUCNNNNCAAUGGCCGGAAACACGUCAAUUGAAGUGCUACAUGUAUUGUCUCUGGGAACAAUUCGGACUGGUCGAUGACAAGAGAGAGCUAAGUCUGAACGGGAUGCUGACGUUUUUCCAGAGAAUACCUGCCUAUAGAGCCGAGGUUGAGAAAGCGAUUAGCGAGUGCAAGGGGAUCGGUAACUAUUUGGCAAAGGGCGAUAAUUGUGAAUACGCGUAUGCGUUCAACAAAUGCUACGCGGAGCUAUCUCCUAGGACUUACUAUCUAUUCUAAUGAGCGGGACGAGGAUGACAGCGUAAGAAGACCAAGAACAAAAUGCUCAAGAUACAAUUUCGUGUCGAGAUGUUUUUAAAAUCACUUUCCACUUUAUCAUGUAACCGCUGUACAUGCCGUAUUGCGUAAACCGUAUACGAAUCUGUUGAUGAAAUAAAGAAUUCAGCGGUCUAAUCGAUAA